AUGGCCCCAAAACAGCCCGUCGUCUCUGAGAAAGGCAUCAAGUCUCCCCUGUUCUCUCAGGCCAUCAUCCACAAUGGCACUGUCUACGUGAGCGGAACCGUUGGUAUGGUGCCUUCGACAGGGAAGAUCGUGGGAGGGAGCGUGGAAGACCGGACCAGACAAGCACUUGAGAAUAUCAAAAACGUUUUGGAGGAAGCCGGAAGCAGCUUGCAGAACAUUGUCAAGAUCAACAUCUUCCUGACUGACAUGGCUGACUAUGCCGCCAUGAACAAGGCCUGUGCGUACAGUUCCAGCAGCUGCUACAAGCCUGAACCGGCCACAUUCCACAGACUGACACGCGAACAGUCCUCGAUAUCGUCCCAGACCCAAAGCCGGCCAGAUCAUGCGUUUGCGUCAAGGAGUUGCCUGGCAAGACUGAUGUAG